UCAUAGUAGGUACUGCCAGGAAAGCCUCAGAACGGGUGUGGAUUGUCAGUGAUAUUACUGAGGACUCGAACAGGAGAGGACAUGAAAGAAGCAGGGGUGUCUGAUCAUGGGGCACCCCUGCAGGCAGUGUGGUACCUGAUCACUACCCUUCCUACAGAACAGCGCCUUUUCCUCGUAGGGCAACUCUCUGCGUUGAUCCUGGCCUUUUUCUUCCGAUAUUAUCUACCUCCUUCACAGUAUGGACCAAAAAUCAGACAUGGCGUGGCCUCCAUGCUGGGAAUCUACUUGUCAGUCUACUGCUUUGGAUGGCUCACCUUAUUCCUGAUAGGACAAGUUUUCUUGUGCUACCUCAUGCUUCUUUUUAUCGAUCCCAGGAAAGUACAUGUGUAUACUUUGUUCCUGACCAUGGGAUAUCUCACAUUUUUCCACAUACGACGAUAUGCAAACCCAUUUGUAGAUGAACUGGACUUCACUGUGACCUUAAUGACAUUGACCCAAAAAAUAAGCAGGGUGGCUUUUGAAUACCAUGAUGGUGCUAUCCUCAAUGACCAAUCCCUAAGCCCCUCACAGAGACGCCUUGCGAUCCGGUCUCCACCUGGACUCCUUCCAUACUUGAGUUACACUGUGGGAUUUUUAGGACUUCUUGCUGGUCCUCUUUGUUCCUUUAAUGACUACCAAAUUUUUAUACAUGGUAAUGAGAAGACUGGAAACCCAAAUGUGGCGGUUUGCAAGAAGUUGACCCUGUGCUGUGUUAUUCUCGCUAUCCAUAUUACAGUGUCGGAUCAGUUCUCUGUAUCUAGUGAUCCAGAACGCUCAAUAUUUGGUCAUUUCUCAGAUAUCUACCUGACAGCAGCCUCAAGAAGACCUAAGUACUAUUUUGCCUGGACUCUAGCUGAUGCCAUUAAUAAUGCAGCUGGCUUUGGGUUUAAUGGAAUCUCUGAAGAUGGAAAGGAGCGAUGGGAUCUACUGACCAACCUAAAUAUAUUAAGAAUUGAGACGUCUAAUAGCUUCAAGAUGUUUAUUGACAACUGGAACAUCCAGACGGCAGUGUGGUUAAAAGAGGUGUGCUAUGACCGAAGUCCGUACAACCCGCUGCUUUCCACUUUUGUACUGUCAGCAGCGUGGCAUGGUGUACACCCAGGAUAUUACUGCACAUUUCUCACUGCUGUGCCAAUCACGUUAGCAGCUCGUAGGGUGAGGCAAAACGUGCGUCCAUGGUUUCAGCAUACAGCAUUACACAGAUUCCUCUAUGAUGUAAUCACUUGGGCUACUACACAAAUAACAAUGAGUUACACUGUGGCUCCCUUCAUGCUACUAGAGCUCGGACCAUCACUGCAGCUGUACAGGUCUUUGUUCUUCUGCUUGCACAUCCUUCCUGUCCUGGUGCUCAUGGUUUUACCUCAAAGGAAAAGAUCUCUGUCUGCAAAAGAAAACUCUACAAAGACAUCUUGUGACCGUAACUACAACCACCUGAAGAAGGAAAUGUAG